AUGGAUAUUUUGGACAUAUACACAUAUAUCUAUCCGUAUUUCGGUUUAAUCAUUUUCAAUCAAGGUAAAAGUUCAUAUUCUAUCCCCGCAAACGUAGCCUCUAUCCAGAGAGAGAUAAUGAAGAACGGGCCUGUUAUCACAGUUUUCCGAGUCUACACAGAUUUCAUGUAUUACAAGACAGGAGUAUAUACGCAAAAUAUAGAAACAUUACAGUAUACGUGGGGAUACUUACAUGGAGCACAUACUGCUAAAAUUAUUGGAUGGGGUGUCGAUGGCGUAGAUUACUGGUUGGCCGCCAAUUCGUACAACACUGAUUGGGGAGAAAAAGGUUUCUUCCGUAUACGUCGUGGCAUAAAUGAAUGCGGUUUUGAGGAGAGAAUUUACGCUGGAGAUGUCAUGCUGGAGAAUGUCUGAUG